AGAAGCGGCGAGAAGUGCGUGAAGAGGUAUAAAUAGCUGCGAGGGUGAGCAGGCUGAGUGGAUAGAGAGAAACGCACCUUCAGAGAACAUCAGAAGAGCUUCACAGGAGGAGAAAGAACCACUGAACUGCUCUGUAGAAGAGGCUCUGAUCUAAAGACUGAAAGGAAACUCAGCCAAGAAUGUCUGCAGCUAAAAACGUAGCCAUCGGCAUCGACCUGGGCACCACCUACUCCUGUGUGGGGGUUUUCCAGCACGGAAAAGUAGAAAUCAUCGCCAACGACCAGGGCAACCGGACCACCCCCAGCUAUGUGGCCUUCACUGACACCGAGAGGCUGAUCGGGGACGCUGCCAAGAACCAGGUGGCUCUGAACCCCAGCAACACGGUGUUUGACGCCAAGAGGCUGAUAGGACGAAAGUUUGAUGAUCUGGUGGUGCAGGCCGAUAUGAAGCACUGGCCCUUCAAGGUGCUUUCAGAAGGAGGGAGGCCCAAAAUUCAAGUGGAGUACAAAGGGGAGAACAAAGCCUUCUUCCCAGAGGAAAUCUCCUCCAUGGUCCUGGUAAAGAUGAAGGAGAUCGCUGAGGCCUACCUGGGCCACAAGGUGUCCAACGCCGUCAUCACAGUCCCCGCCUACUUCAACGACUCCCAGCGACAGGCCACUAAAGACGCAGGUGUCAUCGCAGGACUCAACGUCCUGAGGAUCAUCAACGAGCCCACCGCGGCCGCCAUCGCGUACGGUCUGGACAAAGGCAAGUCAGGAGAGAGAAACGUUCUGAUCUUUGACCUGGGCGGAGGCACCUUCGACGUGUCCAUCCUGACCAUCGAGGACAGCAUCUUUGAGGUGAAGGCCACGGCGGGAGACACCCACCUGGGCGGGGAGGACUUCGACAACCGCAUGGUCAACCACUUUGUGGAGGAGUUCAAGAGGAAGCACAAGAAGGACGUGGGCCAGAACAAGAGAGCCCUGAGGAGGCUGCGCACAGCCUGCGAGAGGGCCAAGAGGACGCUGUCCUCCAGCUCCCAGGCCAGCGUCGAGAUCGACUCCCUGUUCCAGGGCAUCGACUUCUACACCUCCAUCACCAGAGCUCGCUUCGAGGAGCUGUGCUCCGACCUGUUCAGGGGAACGCUGGAGCCGGUGGAGAAGGCCCUGAGGGACGCCAAGAUGGACAAGGCUCAGAUCCAGGACGUGGUCCUGGUGGGAGGCUCCACCCGCAUCCCCAAAAUCCAGAAGCUCCUGCAGGACUUCUUCAACGGCCGCGAGCUGAACAAGAGCAUCAACCCGGACGAGGCGGUGGCUUACGGCGCGGCCGUCCAGGCCGCCAUCCUCACGGGCGACACGUCCGGCAACGUUCAGGACCUGCUGCUGCUGGACGUGGCGCCUCUGUCCCUGGGGAUCGAGACGGCCGGAGGAGUCAUGGCGUCCCUGAUCAAACGCAACACCACCGUCCCCACCAAGCAGACCCAGGUGUUCAGCACCUACUCUGACAACCAGCCCGGGGUCCUGAUCCAGGUCUUCGAAGGGGAGAGAGCCAUGACCAAGGACAACAACCUGCUGGGCAAGUUCGAGCUGACGGGGAUCCCGCCGGCGCCGCGAGGGGUCCCGCAGAUCGAGGUCACCUUCGACAUCGACGCCAACGGCAUUUUGAACGUGUCCGCCGUGGACAAGAGCACCGGCAAAGAGAACAAGAUCACCAUCACCAACGACAAGGGCCGUCUGAGCAAGGAGGAGAUCGAGAAGAUGGUGCAGGACGCCGAUAAGUACAAAGCUGAGGACGAGCAGCAGAGGGACAAAAUAGCUGCCAAGAACUCCCUGGAGUCCUACGCUUUCAACAUGAAGAGCAGCGUGGAGGACGAGAGCUUGAAAGGCAAAAUCAGCGAGGAGGAGAAGAAGAAGGUGAUUGAGAAGUGUAAGGAGACCAUCAGCUGGCUGGAGAACAACCAGCUGGCUGAGAAAGACGAGUACCAACACCAGCAGAAAGAGCUGGAGAAAGUGUGCAACCCCAUCAUCAGCAGGUUGUAUCAGGGAGGGAGGCCCACUGGUACUUGUAGAGAACAGGCAGGAGCCCACACCCAGGGACCCACUAUUGAGGAGGUGGACUGAAGGGGUUCUUCAUGUGGACUCUCCUCUGCUGGACUGUUAGGAUGUAACUGGAACUGUUUGAAACCCAGAGUCCUUCAGGAAUGAACAUGAGUAAUUACAUGGAAGAUGAUCUUUGAAUCAUGAACAUUAAUGAGAUUUAAAACGUCACUUUAUACUGAAGUUGGAUUAUUUUACGAUUGUAAUGAAGAACAUUGUCCAAGCUGUAAAUAUUCUCACAGUGUGAACAUGUUUUUGAGUUUCUGGACAUCGCAGUAAAAGUAAAGAUUUAACAGAAGUUUAAUCAGAGUUUUCUGGAUUCUUUUAGAAAUGUGAAAACAGUUUCAUAUUUUCUAAAACAUUAAACUCCUGAGGAUCAGAACAGCUUUAAGGUCAUUUCUUUCCUAAAGGAGUUAAACAUAAAGUAGAGUUUAUCUGCCAUAAUUCUUAUGCUAUUAUUAGAUGUCGUUUUAGUUUUCCUGUAAUUUGGUGCAUGAAUUUAAGUGAAUCUUUUUGCUUAGAUUUUCUGUUUAUUCCUGCAUUGGAACUGAAUACUUUUAUUCCCUGUUCUACUGGGACCACAUUUGCUGCUGCACACAAGUUUUCAGAAUAUUUUAGUUUCAUGCAGUCAAUGAGGUUUGUUAUUCUGUUAAUUUGUACCUCACUUGUUAAUUAUUCGCAGUCUGUGGAAAAUAAAUUCAUGUAUUUUGCACAUUUUGAGGCUGCAGUUUAAAGAUGAAGAGUUUAAGUGUCAUUAAGAAUGAAUCCAUCAGUAAAUGAAGAACCGUGGUGCUGAGUAUUUCCUGGAGGAAGUGACGUAGUUGACAGAAAUGAUGAAAAUGAUCCUGAUCUGAAACAUGUUGAAGCUCACAGAUAUUUAAAUAAUAGCUGACCUUAGCAAUAACCAGUAUUUGACCUUUUGACUGAAAGUUCACAUGAAUGAAGUGAAUAUAAGAGAAACAGUCUAUAGUUUAUUUUCUUCUUGCUGUUGCUUUUAAUUAAACACAUUUUUGUAGCUGA